AACGCAGAAAAGAUCCCGGUAAGAUUUUUACGCGAACUGAUACUCGUAUUCAGUGCUAAUAAUAUUUAGUGUUUACUAUCAAUUUAAAAAAUUAACCAUGGGGAAAUUGGGCAUUGGUUUUCUUGCCCUUUCGGGAUUUUUCCUCGGAAUACACGCUGAUGGUUCUCAACCUGUUUUGAGCAUGUGUGUCCCGGAAAUUUAUUGGAAAGAUUGUGUGGAUAUGAUGAAAGACUCAGCAGCUAAGGGAAUCCCUAUUUCUUGCAUUGCGGGCCGUGACCGGUACGAGUGUGUGGAAAAAGUCGGAAGGAAAGAAGCCGAUAUAGUCGCGGUCGAUCCCGAAGACAUGUAUCUGGCCGCCAAAAAUAAUUUCGCAAAUGAUCCUGGUUACAAUGUCGUCGAACAGAUUCGCACAAAAGAAGAACCAGACGAGCCGCACAGAUACGAAGCAGUGGCAGUGAUCCAUAAAGAUCUCGAAAUAUUUGACGUACAAAGUUUCCGUGGAUUAAAUUCCUGUCACACUGGAGUUGGCCGUAACGUUGGGUACAAAAUUCCAAUUACAAAAUUAACAGCAAUGGGUGUACUUGCAAAUAUAAAUGACCCAGAGUAUUCAGCCCGUGAAAAUGAAAUUCGCGCUCUGUCGACUUUGUUCAAUAAAGGCUGUCUAGUGGGUACUUGGUCACCAGACCCAGAGAUCAAUAAAAAAUUGAAGGAAAAGUACAGCAACAUGUGCGCGCUGUGUGAAGACCCCGUGAAAUGCGAUUACCCUGACAAAUUUUCUGGAUACGAUGGAGCACUUCGGUGCUUAGCACACAAUGGAGGUCAAGUAGCCUUCACAAAAGUUAUUUAUGUAAAACGUUUCUUUGGUUUACCUGUUGGUAAAACCCCAGCAGUGCCGACUAAUGAGAACCCGAGUGAUUUUGCUUAUUUCUGUCCUGAUGGCACUAAAGUACCGAUUGAUAAGGACACUAAGCCGUGCACUUGGGCUGCACGUCCAUGGCAGGGUUACAUGACUAAUGGACAAGUACAUGAUAUCCCUGCGGUACAAAAGGAAAUCGAGCAAUUGGGAGCACUAGGUGAAAAUGAAAAAGCCGCUUGGUGGAAAGAUUUAUUAUUACUUGAUGAAAAAACGAUUCCUGUGAGCAUUAAAAAAGUUCAACCCGAGGAACACUUGGAAAACUCCAAAUAUUUGGACGUAAUUGAAAGAAACUCUGGUGCUCCUGAACGUGAUGCCCGUUGGUGUGUGUGGUGUGGCAAGAGCUUAGCUAAAUGUCAGGCACUCGCUAAAGCUGCUCAUUCGAGAGACGCAAGACCUAGAUUAGAUUGUGUGCGUGAAAAAGAUCGAGAGGCAUGUUUGACAACUUUAAGAAACGAAGGGGUUGAUUUAGUUGUUAUUAGUGGGGGGUCUGUUAAAAAAGCCAUCGAGGAAUUCAACGUAAAGCCCAUAAUUGCUGAAAAUUAUACUAUUGGUUCAACAAAGUUCAGUGAACGUCCAGCAGUUGCUGUUAUUAUGAAGGAUAGUCCAAUUAAUAAACUCGCGGACUUGAAAGAUAAAAAAUCAUGUCACACAUUUUACAAGCACGAUUUCGCCGGUUGGUUGGCUCCAGUCCAAGCAUUAAAAAAAUCAAAUCUAAUAACAUCUGAGGAAGGAAUCGCGGACUUUUUCUCCGGAUCUUGCGCACCAGGUGCCUCCAAGACCUCGCCUCUGUGUCAACAGUGCGUCGGAGACUCAGCAUCCCAAGACGAUCAAACUAAAGAAGCAACGAGAUGUGAGAACAGCCAAGCAGAAGCUUUCAGCGGCGGAAGAGGAGCCAUCAGAUGUUUAACCAGCGGUAAAGGUGACGUCGCCUUCGUUCCUUACACGACUUUACAGCAAAUAAAGAAUGAUACCAACUCAGAUAUUAAAAUAUCCGAUCUCAAGUUACUCUGCCCCAACGGCGGGGUCUCUUCAAUUGAAAAUUACGAGGAUUGUAAUUUCGGGUACGAGCCCCCGAGAGUUAUCGUCACCCACGCGGGAAAAUCCGACAACGUUAUCGACGAAUUGACGCACGGGGUUUUGACUGCCGCUACUUUGUACUCAAAACGGCCCGAUCUUCUGCAACUUUUCGGCUCAUGGGGUGGCCGCAGAAAUGUUUUGUUUAAAGACGACGCUAUUGGUCUUGUUUCCGUUAACAAUACGUGGGACCGCUGGGACCAAUGGGCUGCUACUGAACAAGCUUUUGGUUCAGUUUAAUUUAAGUCGAUUUAUUCUAUUAAUAAUCUCCUAUUUUUCCAUACACGUUAAUUUUUAUAAUUGUACAAAAUUAGUUUUUUUUUUAUUACAAUAAAGUAAUAAAAUAAAUAAUAA